AUGAAUAUCCUUCUUUGUGUCAAAGCUGUUGGCUUCAUCCUUUUGGCAGUAAUUGGAAUCCCAGGCAAUGUGUAUAUUUUGUUCAAGUUUACCAUUAUCAAAGUUACAGAAAAGAAGCUCUUGCCAACAAACACAAUCCUGAUGGUUCUGGCAUUCAUGAAUCUGCUUAUUGUUUUUUCACGCAUUUUCCUCCAAUUUCUCAAUGCUAUUGGAGUAGAAAAUUUCAUGGAUGACUCAAAGUGCAAAUUCUUUGUCUACACCUUUAGAGUGAGCAGAGCAAUGUCCAUUUGCACCACCAGUUUGCUCAGCUGUUAUCAGUGUAUCAUCAUUGCUCCACAAACAAGACUCUGGGCAUAUCUGAAGCAAAAGGUGAUGCAGAACGUAUUCUUGAUAACUACUGCUGUCCUACUAAUUAACCUCAUAAUAUACCAUAGUACCAUUUUGUAUGCUAUAGUGAGAAGAAAUUCUACAACUUCACCAUAUACACUGCAUUUAGUUUACUGUGACAUGGACUAUCUGACAUAUGAGAUUUACAUAACAAAGGGGUCAAUUUUUGCUUCUAGAGAUUUCCUGUUUGUUGGGCUUAUGACUGCUGCAAGUAUUUAUAUUGUUUAUGUUUUGCUUUGCCAUGAAAAAUCUAUAAAAGGCAAAAGGAGCACAGACCGAGCUCCUGGAAAAUCAGUUGAAUACAAAGCUUCUAGAGCUGUUAUUAUGUUAGUUUUGCUCUAUGUACUUUUGUUUGGAUUUGACAACUCCAUGUGGAUCUAUACACUGACACUCUCCAAAGUGACCCCUGAUAUGAAUGAUGCCAGGAUUGUGCUGGCCUGCUCCUACUCUGCAUUGAGCCCUAUAGUAAUAAUUGCAACCAACCCCAGAUUACAGCAACUAUUAACAUUUUUAAAGAGGAGAAUGUUUUUCUUCUGUUACAGAAGUUCUGAAGAAAAAGACAUUCAAGUAAAUUAUAUUGACAAAUAG